UUCCGGUCGCUGUGUUCCACUUCCGGGUUGUGGCCAUCGCCCCGUCGGCCGCCGCCCGCGUUGAGCCGCGACCGCAGCGUCGGCCCACGGAGCCGCCACGAUGAGGCUCUACAGCCUAAGUGUCCUUUACAAAGGUGACCCAAAAGUGCAUUUGCUCAAAGCUGCCUAUGAUGUGUCCACCUUCAACUUCUUUCAGAGAUCCAGUGUGCAGGAGUUCAUGACGUUCACGAGCCAGCUGAUCGCGGAGCGCUCGGCGCCGGGCAGCAGGGCCUCGGUCAAGGAGCAAGAGUACCUGUGCCAUGUGUAUGUCCGGAAUGAUGGGCUGGCUGGAGUGGUGAUUGCAGACAAUGAAUAUCCACAGCGGGUUUGUUUCACCUUGCUGGACAAGGUGCUGGAUGAGUUCUCCAGACAGGUCAGCAGGAUGGACUGGCCCUCAGGGUCACCUGCCACCAUCAGCUACUCUGCCUUGGAUGGAUACCUCAGCAAAUACCAGAAUCCCCGGGAUGCUGACCCGAUGACCCGAGUGCAGGCAGAGCUGGACGAGACCAAAAUCAUCCUGCACAACACUAUGGAAUCGCUGCUGGAGCGUGGGGAGAAGCUGGAUGACCUGGUCUCUAAAUCGGAGGUGCUGGGGGCACAAUCCAAAGCCUUCUACAAAACGGCCCGAAAGCAGAAUUCCUGCUGUGAAAUUAUGUGAUGUGGAGCCCGAGGUCUCCACCUCCGGACCACCAGCCCUCAACCCCCCUCCAUAGCCACCCUAGGGGUGUUCCUGGGGCUGGGCCAGGGGUCCUCAGCCCCCUGGGCUGAUGUGACUGUUGUCCACCUUAAGGGGACACCAAGGCUGGCACCAGGCUGGCAUCCAUGGGGGGAGGUCCACACCGAAGACCCCCCCACCCUCACUGUUCCUGGGACAGCUUGGACCAGGGGGCAUCCAGCCAUGCACUCCCCUGCCUUCACACCCCCCCCAGGAAGCCUGGAGGAGCCCCCACUGCUGUCCAGGGGGCUGAGGGGGCAGGCAGAGCCCCCUGCUGCCAUCCCAGGGGCUGAGGGGCUUUUUAUGUAUUUGUGUCCUAAGGGUGAGCUGGGGGGGUGGGAGAAGGGGGAAGGGAAAAAGAGGUUUGUUGGGUGGGGAGUGCUCACUGCCUCCCUGGGCAGCUUCUCUCCCCGCUGGUGAGCCUGGAGCUGUGUCCUGGGAUGGGGGGAGCUCACCAGCCUGCCCUGCAUCUCAGAGCCCCUGCCCCUGCCAGCAAGGGUUGGGGGGCUCAGCACCUGCCAGGGCCCAGCAGCCCUCACUGCCUCCUCCUCUCCUUGGGGAGGGAAAAGUUGAGCUUGGGCUGUACCGCAUGGUGCUCUGGUUGUUUCCAUGCCUUGGCCGCGCUGGCCAGGGGGAUAAAGUUGUCUUUGGCAGUUGAA